AUGUUGAUAUUCAGUAGUAUGUGCACUUGUUUGAUUAUAGCAGCGAUGGCGCUGGAUAGAUACGUUGCUAUUGUUCAUCCAAUUAAGUACAGAACAAUACCGAAAGAUAGACUAGUUCGGAUUAUUAUUACCCAAAUAACUGGACGUCAUGAUAAAAUGGUGGAUCUCGUCACUCUAAGGAUUGCAUCAUUUAACCAAAUAUUAGAUCCAUGGGUGUACCUGUUAUUCCGGAGAGAAAGCCUCAGAAGGCUCGUUAGACAAAUAAGUAAACGUUUGCCAAUGUCAAACAAAGAAAGAUUGUUUGCACAACUUUUUAGUGCUACAAGCUUUCACAAUACUCAAAUAGAAGCAGAUGAGAAUUCUGAUAACAGUUUACCUGUUGAAGUCGGUCAGAAAAGUUUGAAUUCCUCGGACUCAAAAACGUCAAUGAAAACUUUGGAAAUCACGGAAUUAUAAAUCACCGUCAUGAUAAUUCGCCAUAAAUCAAUCAUGAUGUGGGAACUAUAUAAAUUGAAAGAAUCAGUUUAAUUGCAAAAUAUGCGAAAGUAAACAGCUUGUUACGCAUAAGGCUACUAAUGAUGUCCAUGUUACCACGCAAAUAAUAAAUUUCAACAGUGUGUAGAUUAGACUAGUAUGGGUUAUAACAUGCUAAUUCCGACUAGCAAAUUGUGAA